AUGAAAGUACUUGUCACAGGUGGUGCUGGAUACAUUGGUUCAGUAUUGGUACCAAUGCUUUUACACGAAGGACACGAAGUAACAGUAUAUGAUAACCUGAACUGGGGUAUACACCCAUUGUUCCAUGUUGUUCACAUGUCUAAUCUAAGAAUUAUUAAAGGUGACGUGACAAACCGAGACCAUAUUGCUGAAGUUGUUUUAGGUAAAGACACAAUAAUUCAUCUCGCCGCAGUAGUUGGGCAUCCUGCAUGUGAUUCUGACCCUGAUGCUGCAUUUGCAACAAACAUCUUGGGAACACAAAUCAUAAUUGAUAACAUGUCAAAUACACAAACUAUGAUAUUUGCAAGUACAGGGUCUUGCUAUGGGUAUGUAGAAGGUGUCUGUACCGAGAAAACAACAAUUCAACCUCUUUCUCUGUAUGGAAAAAGUAAAGUUCGUGGAGAAGGAAUAGUUCGGUCUGUUUGUGGUAUAUGUCUAAGAUUCGCAACUUUAUUUGGAUUGUCUCCUAGAAUGAGACAUGACCUUUUAAUAAACAAUUUAACAUUUACAGCUGUAAAGGAAAAUCAUAUCCAAUUGUUUGAAGGUCAUUUCAGAAGGUCAUUCCUGCAUGUUCGAGAUGCUGCGCGUGCAAUUAUAUUUGCUUUGGAUAAUGCAAUGAUCAUGUCGGGUAAAGCAUUUAAUAUUGGUGAUGACCAAUUAAACAUGACAAAAUUACAAGUUGUACACAUUAUACAGGAGGUAUUACCUGAAAGUUUUAUUAGCACAACUAGUGAUAAAACUGAUACUGAUAAAAGAGAUUAUGAGGUGUCUUAUGAGAAAAUUCAUAAAUUGGGUUUUUUAUCAUAA